AUCAAGCUACUAAUGAAGAAAAUCGAUGGAUAAAUAAAAAUGGAACGACUGUUCAAAUGAAAUUGCGCAAGGAUUUUUUGUAUGAAGUAUGAGCAGGCAAGAGUGUGCAUGGCGUAUGAGUAACAUAACAUAAACAAAUAAUCUGAAAUGAUUGAUUAAUUGCUCUGAAACUAUCGGGCUGAUCGAAAAGUGAUGUAUAUACGGUUUGUGGAGAAUGUUGUUAGGUUUCAUUUGCCAUAUCUCGUACUAGGAUUGCUCAAUUGCUUCAUAAGAUGUACUGUGAUUAAGUGGAACCACCUAUUUUUGGCUGAAUAACGGUGAAUUGAAAAUGUCUAGAAAACUUUUCCAUAGAAAAAAAUUAACUCGAUUUUCGAAAUCAGCGAGCAAUUCUAUAUAGGAAUUGGAUAAUGACAUUUUUGAAUUGAAUAUGGUAAAGCAACUAUCUGGGAUUAUUUUGCAGAAAAUAGAACAAAGAUAACAAAAUAGCAGAUUAGAUUCGUACAACUGCAAGCUUCGCUAAAACAUACAGAUGUUGAGUUGUUGUUUGCCUGUCUCUGGACAUGGCAGUGCUCUGGUGAGCGACACAACCUUAUAUUGAGCGCAAAUUUAAGCUCAGCGGAGCUCCAGACCAAGUAUUGAGACAUCAAAACAAUUAGUAAACUUUUGUGCUCAGUAACUUUGGGUUGAUUUUGCGCUCGUCUACUGGGUGGUUAGUCGGUAGUAAUUCGCUUCGAAAAGGGUGUGUUAUGUGCAGUUGACAAGCAGUGGAAAAGUGUCCAUAGGAAUAAUAAAAAUAUCUCCUAGUAAUAAAUUAUUUUUAGUAAUAGCCAAUUACAUAGUAACAAAGUAUCAAAAUAUAGCUUUAUAUUGGUGAAUAUGUCCACUUUUGUGAAUGCUGUGCGUGGCCUCUUCCGACGCCAUCCCUUUCUCACCAACAGUGCAAUCUAUGGCAGUUUGUAUGUCGGCGCCGAGUAUUCUCAGCAAUAUUUAAUGAAGCAUGUGCUNNNAAAAAACGAUGCGGAAAAAGAGGAUAUCGAUUAUGCCACAAUAGGUCGGUAUGCAAUAAUGGGCACAACCGUUUACGCGCCAACACUCUACACAUGGUACAAAUGGUUGGAUAGAACGUUUCCAGGAACUGCUAAGCCCAUAAUCGUGAAGAAGCUGGUCUUGGAUCAAUUUGUGUUGACACCAUACUUGUUGACUGUCUUCUACACAGGCAUGUCGCUUAUGGAACGCGCAGAGGAUCCCUUCAAGGAGUUGCGCGAGAAGUUCGUUCCCACAUUUUUGCGUUCCUGUAUCUUUUGGCUGCCGGUACAAACAUUAAAUUUCAUUUUAAUCGCGCCGAGAUUUCGCGUGAUUUACAUGGGUGUUUGCGGUUUCAUUUGGGUGAAUAUACUGUGCUGGAUUAAGAGGCAGCGAAAUGAGUUGGAGUCGGAGGGUGAGGUGAAAGUGGCAGCUCAGUAAAUGCACGAAAUAAGAACUUAGCCGAAUUUAAAAAUAACUUUUUGUUUGUUUAAGCGCGUAGUUAGUUAGAAAACGCAAUGCACUGCGAUUUGAAUUUAUAUAUACUAGAAAGCCCAAAGAAGGCUUUCUAUGCUUACAUUUCCGAAAGUGAAAAUAAGUAUCGAAGUAGAGCUUUAAUUUUUAAGUUAAUACACAUCGGAGGAGGGUAAAACACAAUGAGCAGCUGAAAUAAAAAUUUUCUAAAAUCUAAA